AUGGCAGAAUUCUUUCGGAACCUGGGCAUCUUCGAGAACUGGGCUUCAGUCUUUACCGCCAUGAAUUUCGUGUCUGGUAUCGCCGGGCUACUGGGAUGGGUCUUGUAUACGGGAGGUCCUACUCCGGCUUUUACCCACUGGAUUCUGGUCGGGGUCAUGGCCCUGAACGUCGCCUUUGUCAUGGCCGAGAUUGCCGCCGCCUACCCGACGGCCGGGGGCAUUUACUUCUGGUCGUACCGGCUCGGCGGCGAGAAAUGGGGACCAUUCCUGGCCUGGAUGACUGCGUGGUGGAACUUCAGCGGCUGGCUGUGCUCCGUGCCGAGCGUGGCCCAGAACUCGACCAACUUCCUCCUCUCGGCCGUUCAGAUCAAGUAUCCCGACGUCGAGCUGUUGCGCAAGGGCUGGUUCGAGUGGCUGAUCAGUGCGGUUGGCACCUUGCUCGCCUUGGCUCCCAACAUCAUCUCGCACAAGGUCUUGCGCUGGUAUCUUCGCUUCGCCGUGCUCAGUGCCUCGACCCUUUUCUUCUGCUAUGUCAUCUGGCUCCCGGUCAAGGCCGGGAAGUUCCAAUCCGCCGACUUUGUCUUCAACAGCUUCACCAACGGCAUCAACACCGGCGACAAGAAACAGGCGUCCGAUGCAUAUGUGUGGACCAUUGCGGUUUUGUUCAGCGCAUGGGUAUUUUAUGGCUUUGACGGUUGUGUGCAUCUUGCCGAGGAGACCCAGAGCGCGAGUAUCGUCGUGGCGCGCGGAAUGUGGCUAUCGACCCUAUCCUCAUGGGCCAUCUCAGUCCCCACCCUGAUCAUCGUGCUCUUCUGCAUCCAGGACGUCGAUGGGAUCCUGUCGGCGGCCUACAACAACAACUUUGCCGAGUAUCUGGUGCAAAUCAUCGGCGAGAACGGGGCGGUGGCGGUGCUGGUGUUGCUGUUCAUCGACUCGACCUGUGUGGCGGCCGCCAACAUCCUCAGCUGUCAGCGCGUCGUGUUUGCCAUCUCGCGCGACGGCGUGCUCCCGGGGUCCAAGUACUUCCGCCGUCUGAACCGGAACAAGAUGCCUGCCAACGCGGGGUUCUUGGUGGCUUUUCUCAGUAUUGCCAUUACUACUGCGGUGAUAGGGUCUACUGUGGCAUUUACAGCCAUUACAGCGACAGGCACCAUCGCCGCCAACUUUUCCUACUUCAUCCCCAUCGUGGCCCGCUACACCAUCGGCCGCAAGACCUUCGUGCCCGCCAAAUGGAACCUCGGCCGCGCCAGUCCGGUCAUGGGCCUCUUCGCCGCCCUGUACAUCCUGUUCCUGUUCCCCGUCCUGCUCCUGCCGCAACUGUACCCGGUCACGGCCCAGACGCUCAACUACGCCCCGAUCUGCAUCGGCGCCGUCACCCUCAUCAGCCUGGUGGGAUGGUUGUUCCCCUUCGGUCUGGGCGCCAGGUCGUGGUUCCAGGGCCCGAAGAAGACGAUCUUGGCUGCCGAAUUGGAGAACAUGACUGUUAUACGUCAGAGUGAGAGUGAGGUGGUGGAGGAGGAGAAGUUGUGA